CUCCGACAGGGAACCCACAGGCCAUGGUGCAGCCGGCUCCCUGCCUAGCAGACGUGGACCGCUAAAGCUCUGACAGUGGGUAGGACCGUGAGCUGGUUGGGCAGGAACCUCAGGUGUGUCCCUGUUUCUGCUCCACAUUUGGCUUCAGUGCACUAGAGGGUGACAAGAUCUGUGUCCUCACACAACCUUGGCUUUGGUGUCCCCUCAUGGCCUCACUGACCCUUUUGCCCCCUUGGUCACUGAUGUCCUGUCCCAGCUGCACCCUGCUGUCCCCCAGCACAGCUGUUCUCCCCUGGCCUGGCUUGGCCACCAUGUCUGCAGUGCCCCUCCCAACCUUUUUAGCUUGUAAGUCCUUCCCAUUUGAAAUACCUCCUCCCCAGGACGUAUCUGCUUAGCUCUACAGGGACUCUUUCCUUCUUGGCUGGAACCUCCUCUGGAGCCUUGGUGGUCAGUGUGGUGGUGAUCUUGGGUUGUGGGUUGCCCUGAGCAAGGUGUUUAGUUGCACUAGUGUUCACCAAAGGUCCGUGUGGUUCCAGCUCGCUGUCAGGUGUCGUCCCCCUGUUCCUCUGCAGAGCAGGCCCUGCAGUUGUUUCCAGGAGAGACCACAAGGACCUUUCAGCUCAGGACCGGGCGGCACCUGCUUGUUCUAGGCGGAAUCCCCUUUCUCAGCACAGGGUAGUGAGCAUCGGCCAGAUGGCCUGGUGGAUGGCUCCACCCAGUCUGUUUCUUCCCUCAGUUGCACUGAGUGUUAGUUGGAGUCACUUCAACACCCUGAAUCUCAGUGACAACUCCAGGGUCCCUGAUGGCCUCACCCUUUGAAACUUGCUAAGUUCUGCUCAUUUCAGGGAAACCAAGCACCCUAUUCCUCACUGAACCACCAUUGUUUGGGUGAAAACAGGAUGGUCCUUGGCAUACCUGGCAUGGCUGGUGUUUCCAGACCAGUGGAGCUGAGCAGGAGCCCCCAUGUGUGUACCACCUAAGCAGAGGAGAACCUGCCGCCACCCUCUCCCCCUCUCCACAGCGUCCCCUGCGCAUCUUCUUGUGGGAGCUCUGAGGGCUUGGAAGUCCUGGGGACCACCCUCUGUGCCUCCAGUGGCACCCAUUUCCAGCUGUAGCUGGCUUUGUUCCAGAGAGCUCUCUGAAGUAGUCUCCCAAAGAGGGAGACUUACUAACCCUGCCCAGUGGAUGAGCCAAGUGGCCAGGGUAGCUGGGUCCUGCCUUGGAAUGGUGUGACAGCCGAACCGGGACAGGGAACCCCGCUUGGGCAGCACAGUGGUGGGGGCCCCGAGGCUGGCCUGUAAGCAGCAUGGUCUGUGGUCCAGGGGCCUGUGGACAGAGAGGGCCCAGCUCUUUGAAGUCUGCAAGACCUUCAGCCUCACAGCCUAGCAGAGACAGGACUCUCAGUCCCACCUAGGAGAUGGGCAUUUGACCCUUGGGUACCUGGUGGAGCUAGGGCAGGGGCCUGUCAAGUGCAGAAGAAGGCUAAAAGUUAUGGGUCUGUGUUCCUCGUUGGCAUGAGGAAAAGGUGCAAUGCCCAGGACAUGAGCCAGACCCACAGGCUCUGUGUCGUGCACCCUGGGAUCGGCAGCCAGGCCCCAGGAGCUACUGGGGCUCAUUAGACCUGAGGGGGAUCUGACCCUUCCCACCCGCCACUGUUGGUUCACCUCUUCCCUCCCUUCCUAGAGCUUCUCAAGUGCUCAAGGCCCCGUGGCCUCGGCCCUUCCAUCUGCCCCCCAGGGACUACAUUCAUGUACCCCACCACACCCACACACUCCUGGUGCUUCCUGGCCUUUGCCAAGUUCUGAAUCCUUCAACCUCCAGAUUCUCCCCAUGGGUUAUGUACUUCCUGCUCUGGGCUUCACUUGGGACAAGCCCUGCUGAUCCUCUGAGUGGGUCUGGCUUCCCGCAGCCCACCAGGCUAAGCAGCACCUGUACCCUAGAUGCUAAUGAAAUGUGCCUGGGGGCUGGGCCCCGCCACCUCCUGUAGAAGGAAGACCAGAGAGGUGGGCCUUGCCUGUGCACAGGAGGACCAGCGUGGACCCACACCGUGUGCCUCGGCCUCCUAGGGGUGCUCCAGCUGAGGCCUGACUGCACCCUCUCCCCUGCAGGUGCUGCUGGGUGCCCAGCCCUAGGCCCUCUGACUCCUGAUCCCACAGUGACUGAGGGUUCCAGCGGGCCAUGCAACUCUGCCAAGGUGCCUCCAGCAUGGCAGCAGCCGAAGUGCCUGGCUACCUUGUGUCUCCCCAGACGGAGAAGCACCGGAGGGCCCGCAACUGGACGGACGCGGAGAUGCGCGGCCUCAUGCUCGUCUGGGAGGAGUUCUUCGAGGAGCUGAAGCAGACCAAGCGCAACGCCAAGGUGUACGAGAAAAUGGCCAGCAAGCUCUUCGAGAUGACCGGCGAGCGCAGGCUGGGCGAGGAGAUCAAGAUCAAGAUCACCAACAUGACCUUCCAGUACAGGAAAUUAAAAUGCAUGACAGAUAGCGAGUCCGUCCCGCCGGACUGGCCUUAUUACCUAGCCAUUGAUAGGAUUCUGGCCAAAGUCCCUGAGUCCUGUGAGGGCAAACUACCAGACGGCCAGCAGCCGGGGCCCUCCACGUCCCAGACCGAGGCGUCUCUGUCGCCGUCCGCUAAGUCCACCCCUCUGUACUUACCGUAUACCCAGUGCUCCUACGAAGGCCGCUUCGAGGACGAUGGCUCCGACAGCUCCUCCAGCUUACUGUCCCUUAAGUUCAGGUCAGAGGAACGGCCAGUGAAGAAGCGCAAGGUGCAGAGCUGCCACCUGCAGAAGAAGAAGCUGCGGCUGCUGGAGGCCAUGUUGGAGGAGCAACGCAGGCUGAGCCGCGCCAUGGAGGAGACCUGCCGCGAGGUGCGGCGCGUGCUGGACCAGCAGAACAUCCUGCAGGUGCAGAGCCUGCAGCUGCAGGAGCGCAUGAUGAGCCUGCUGGAGAAGAUCAUCGCCAAGUCCAGCGGCUAGGCCGCUUGCAACCGCCAGGCCGCAGCCGGGCAGCAGGGUCCUGCGGAGGGGACAGGCUUCCACUCGGCCUCCAGGGGCUGCCCCUGGUAGGGAUGUCCCUGAUGAGGACCCCAUGGGCCCUGGGCGACCAUUUGGCCCCUAUCUAUCUCCAGCAUUAAUGUCCUUCCUUGGACAAGACCAGGGACUCUCAGGUCACUCCUAGUAAGAGUGUCUAGAACCCACCCUCCACGGUAGUCUUAUCGAUGAUACCUGAAAUGGCUUUUGAUAUUAAAUGUGUACUUUUCACUAUU